CUUCAAUCUUCUUCUUCUUCGUCGACUGAAGACACCCUUCUUCUCAUCUUCAGCGGAGCGGGAGAGAAAGAGAAAGAAAGAGGGGGAGAAAGAUAGAGAGGGAAGGCGAAGAAGGAGAAGAAGCAGACCAGGGAGAACAAGGAAAAGGGAGGAACAUGGUGCAACAUGGCGCUGCGGCCUCGUUGGCCCCUUCGCUCGCAUCGACCGUCGACCUCCUCUCGCGCACGCCCACGUCACAGCUGGCCAUUCUGCUGACCCAGCACCCUUCCCUAGGCCCACACCUCUCGUCGGCGCUCCGCCUCUCUGCAAGGUCCGCGCUCACUGACUCCACUGCCUACUUUGGCAACAACAAGGGCGACGAUGAUGGCGGCGAAGCCGAGCUGCGCAAGACGACGGAGAAGCUCGUUGAUGUGCUGCAUCGGCUUGCUGGCCGAGGCGACCCCUCGCUGCUCAAGAGCCGCGUCUUUGCCAGCGCCGAGACCUGCGUUGACCUGGCCCUGGCUGCCUCGGCCUCGUCCUCGUCUGCCAGUACAAGUGCCAAGGUCGCGAGCCUGCUGGCUUUCCUCUUGACAAGGGACACUACCGUCGAGCUGCUGGACGGCGCAUUCAGUGCGCUUGAGGCAUCGAUCGAGCGCAAGGGGGAGAAUGGAGAACGAAGUUCACGGGCAGCGAGAAUCGUCGCGACGCUGGUGGGCCUCCUACCAGUCUACAGCGCGAGACCUCUGCUGCGCAAGGGGCGCGAGGAAGCGUCGGACGAACGGGGGGUUGUAGAGAAGAGGAGAGGAGCGACGUUACAGCGCGCAUAUGAGAUGGCCACGGCAAAGAUGGAGGCUGGAGUGCGCGAGGCCGAGCGGACUUGGCUGAUGCAUACAAAGGUGUCCUUGCUCGAUGCGGCCUGGGGCUUGCUGCAUCGUCGAGGCACCUCUGCGACGGCCAGAGCCGCCACAUUUUGUGCACUGGCUUCGCCCUCGUCCUCGAGGCAAGCGCCUGCUUCCGCCUCAACAAGGGAAGGGACGCCGCUCGUGAACCUGCCCCUCCUCCUCGAUCUCGCCCUCGUGCGCCCCGCGAUGAUCGAGGUGAUACAGUCAGUCACAACGAGCGCUGGAGAGCCGUCCUCAAGGGACGAGGUAGAGGCACGCACGCUUCUAAAGAGACUUCAGAUCGAUCUCAGUACGAUUCCGAUACAAUCUCAUCAACAGGGAGGAUCGUUUCCGCCGCUCAAAGACGUCGGAGGCGGUUGGAGCACGCUCCAGAACGAGCUGCGACGUGCAAAGUCGACGGCGAGGAAGGGCAAAGGGGCAGAGGAAGAGGAGCAAGACGAUGAAGAACGUAUCCGGGCCCUCGUGGAGGGCGUUCUCGUCGUCCUGCCACAUCUCCAGAGGGAUGUUGACGGGCUUGAGCGGCGGCUCCGAUCGGCGCUCAAGUUUGCACACGCCACAACGGUGGACCACGUCGUGGCGCUGCUCCUGGACGAGCAGCAGGAGGGACAAAGGCUCCUCUCGGAGCGCGCAGCCUCCUUUGAGGAUGGCCAGUCUCUUCCCCCGCUUGUGUCUUCGACGGCACUGAGCUAUGGAAAGAGGAAGGGAAAGGGAAGGAAUUUCCAGGUGGGGGGCAUGGGGCUCGAGGAGGACCUCAAGAGGAGCAUCCUGGAGAGAGCAGAGAGGCCAGACUCGGACGAAGAGGAAGAGAGAGAAGUCUGGGAUCCGUUCAAGGCGGCGCAGGUCGAGAUGGACGCCGCUGGAAAGGGGCAGAGAAGGCAAAGGACAGGAGGCGACGCCGAUGCCGACGACGAUGACGAUGCGCUCUUUGAUGAUGAUGACGAUGGAGCUGGACCAUCCGCUGCCAGAGGGAGACUUCGGAGAGAAGAAGGCGAUGACGACAGCGAGGAAGACGAGGACGAACAUGACAAUCGCGACGGAGGUGAGGCAAGGAGAGAAUCGAAGCCGAGAGGUGUACCUGCAACUUCUGCCUAUGUCGCGGACGAUGGGCAAGAAAGGGCAAAGCAGAGCGUGCAGGCAGAGAGAAAGGCGGAGAGGAUCCUCAUUGCCGCCUACAAGGAGGCAGGGGCCGGACUGUUCCACAAAGAUGCGCGAAAGACCAAGGCGAGGAAAAAUCUCGUCGACGAGCUCAACCAGGCCGCUUCAGGGAGCAAGAAGUGGGACGAUGGCUUCGUCGAGAGCUGGGCGACGAUGUUCGAACGCAAUCCGAGAAAGGACAAGUUGUUGCACUCUGUGGACGACAUGCUCCUGAUGGAGAACCCAAAUAUCGCGCCUGCCUCGAAUGGAGGGGGAGAUCGAUCUUUCGGGCCUGAUAAGGGACGAGGGGGUAGGGUCCUGGGCGAGAGGGGCAGAGGAGGGGGAGGAGGGGCGGGAAGAGGAGGAAGGGGCAGCGGAGGGGGUUCAAGAGGAGGCAGAGGGAGCUCGAGGGGAAGAGGAGGUGGUGGUGGCGGUGGCAGAGGAAGGGGCAGGGGCGGAUCCAAAUGA